AUGGCCCACAUCGCCAAACAACAACAGCAACAGCAGAGCAAUGGCUCCUCUCAUGGCCGCUGCACCCUCCGCGAUCUGCCCAAAUCUAACGUCUUCACCUCCCAUCUGCCCGCCGACGCCGCCUUCGCCACACCUCUCGACUCUCACAAAGCGCCCCGCGAAAGCCUCGGACCGCGCAUGGUCAGGGAAGCCCUUUUCACCUAUGUUCGCCCCGAUCCCCAGCCCGAAAACGAGCUCCUCGCCGUGAGCCCAAGGGCCCUGGAAGACCUCGGUAUUCAGGAUUCGGAAGCCGAGACAGAAGAAUUCAAGGACGUGGUCGCGGGGAAGAAGAUUUUGACCUGGGACGAAUCCAAGCCAGACGAGGGAAUCUACCCCUGGGCUCAAUGCUAUGGUGGCUAUCAGUUUGGACAAUGGGCUGGCCAACUGGGGGAUGGACGCGCCAUUUCCCUGUUUGAAUGCACGAAUCCAAGUUCAGGCAUUCGAUAUGAGAUACAACUCAAGGGCGCAGGAAGGACGCCCUAUUCACGCUUUGCCGACGGUCGCGCCGUUCUCCGAUCUUCGAUUCGCGAAUUUGUCGUUAGCGAAUACCUCAAUGCAAUCGAUAUACCCACUACCCGCGCCCUCGCCCUCACGUUGAACAACGGCGCCAAGAUACGGCGCGAGCGCUUAGAACCCGGUGCCAUUGUGACCCGCUUUGCCCAAUCAUGGAUUCGUUUUGGAACCUUCGACCUCUUGCGCGUUCGCGCUGAUCGCAAUAAUUUGCGCAAGCUCGCCGAUUACACUGCAGAACAUGUCUACGGGGGCUGGGAAAGCCUGCCCUCUGCUCUGCCCAGCGACGGCGACGUCACAUCCACACACGGCCAAAUCACAACGGGUAUCCCUAAAGAGGUGAGUGAAGGGGAGGGACUGUCAGAACGAAACUGCUACAGUCGUCUCUACCGUGCCAUUGCCCGUGCCAAUGCCCUUACCGUUGCCAAAUGGCAAGCCUAUGGCUUCAUGAAUGGUGUUCUCAAUACAGACAACACGUCCAUUCUCGGUCUUAGCAUCGACUUUGGUCCCUUUGCAUUUCUCGACACUUUUGACCCAAGUUACACGCCAAACCACGAUGACCAUCAACUGCGGUACAGUUAUCGCAAUCAACCCAGCAUCAUCUGGUGGAAUCUUGUCCGUCUGGCCGAAGCUCUGGGAGAGCUCAUGGGCGCAGGGGCGGGCGUAGACGAGGAAAUCUUCGUUGAAAAGGGCGUCACAGAAGAGCAAGCCCCUGAAUUGAUCAAGCGUGCAGAAACCAUCAUCGACGGCGCUGGCGACGAAUUCAAAGCUGUCUUCCUAGCAGAAUACAAACGGCUCAUGACCUCACGUCUCGGCCUGACUUCUCAGCAAGAGUCGGACUUCCAGGAUUUGGUAAGCGAGCUGCUAGAUUGCCUCGAGGCGUUUGGCCUAGACUUUCAUCAUGCAUUUCGACGUCUAUCUGGUGUCAAGAUUGCGGAUUUGACGACAGAGGAGCAACGACGGGAGGCUGCGGGUGUCUUCUUCAAGGCCGACGAGGUGCCAGGGCAAGACGAUGAGUCGCGCGUGCGCAUUGGCAAAUGGCUUGAUAAAUGGGCUACACGUGUACGGCAGGACUGGGGCGAGGCUGAAUGCGAUACUGAGCGAAUCGUAGCCAUGAAGCGUGUUAAUCCAAACUUCGUCCCUCGAUCGUGGAUCCUAGACGAAGUCAUCGACCGUGUGGAAAAGAAGGGUGAACGCGCCAUCCUGCCGCAAAUGAUGAAACUUGUACUUGACCCCUUCCAGGACACCUGGGAUGCGGACGCCGAGGGUGAGAGUGCAAGUGGCAAGGGUGGUGAUGUAAUGAGUGCAGAAGAAGCGCACCGAUUCACGGGCGACGUACCAAAGUACAAGGAGUUGAUGCAGUGUAGCUGUUCGUCUUGA